AUGACUGGCAAGGUCAAGGUCGCCAUCCUGGACGACUACCAGGGCAUCGCGCUCUCUCAUUUCGCCCAUCUGCAGUCGCGCGUCGAAAUAUCCAGUUUCCCAGAGACUCUGGACCCGCGCGAUCCCUCGCAGCAGAAAGAGUUAAUUCUCCGGUUGCAGCCAUUCGAUGUCAUCCUGACCAUGCGUGAACGAACACCAUUCUCAAGCGAGACUAUCGCCGCACUGCCGAAUCUGAAGCUGCUUCUGACGACGGGAACGAGAAACCUGUCACUGGAUUUACCCGCAUUCUCAACCCGCGGGAUCCCCGUAGCCGGUACGGUGGGGAGUCCCCAGGCUGUGGGCUCUACGGUGGAACAUACCUGGGCGUUGAUCCUGGACCUUGCGAAACAUGUCGCGCGGGACGACGCAGCCAUUAAACAUGGCGGCUGGCAAGGGUCCCUGGGGAUCAGUGUCUCGGGCAAAACGCUGGGACUACUGGGCCUGGGCAAGCUGGGGUCACAGGUAGGCAGGAUCGCAGUGCUGGCAUUUCACAUGAAAGUCAUCGCGUGGUCGGCGAACCUGACGCAGGAGAAAGCCGACGAACAAGCUUUUGCCCAAGGCUUGCCUGCCGGUAGUUUCGUCGUUGUGCCGUCCAAGUUGGAUUUCUUCCGGUGGGCUGACAUUGUGAGCAUACACAAUGUCCUGUCUGAUCGCAGUAGGGGGAUCGUCGGUGUAGAGGAACUGGCUGCUCUCAAGCCAACGGCAUUGCUUGUCAAUACCUCUCGCGGACCGCUGAUCGAUGAAGCGGCACUCCUGGAGGCCCUGCGUAAGGGACGCAUUCGCGGCGCGGCUCUGGAUGUCUUUGACACGGAGCCUCUACCUGCAGGCAGUCCGUGGCGGACGACGGCCUGGGGGACAGAAGGCCGUAGCGAAGUGUUACUGACGCCGCAUACGGGGUAUGCGCAGGAAGAGGUCCUGCACAGCUGGUACGAUGAAGAGGCGGAGAACCUGAGACGAUGGCUAGACGGAGAGGAGCUGCAGUGGAAGAUGAACUAG